GCAAAACCAAAUCGAUCCAUCGCAAUUCUCAAUCCCCCACCCAAUUCCAACUCGCAUCGCAUCGCAUCGCAUCGCCUCGCCCAAGUAAGUAGGGUUUUCCUUCCGUUCCCUUCCGUUCCCUUCCCUUCCACCUCCCCUCCGUCGAGCCGAUCUCCGUCGGUCCGCCGCAUUCUCUCCCGCCCCCUCCUCCACCGCCAACCCAAACCCUAGGCCCAUGGGGCGCAAGAAGAACGUCGCCAUCGACGACGACGAGUACUCCUUCCCGCAGGACGCCGCCGCCGCCGACCCCGCGCCGCCGCCGCCCGCCGCGGAGAAGGAGAAGCCCAAGAAGGGUGGCAAGAAGGGCAAGAAGGGGGGCAAGGCCGCCGCGCCCGACGACGACGACUACGAGCCCCCUCCGCCGCCCCCGCCCGCCGCGGACGAGGAGGACGACGACGAGCCCAUCAACCUCGUCUUCACCGGCAAGAAGAAGAAGAAGAAGGGCGGCACCGCCCCCGCCGCCUCCUUCAGCGCCUUCAACGCCCUCGAGGAGGCGGACGAGGACCAGGACGAGGAGGAGCCCGCCCCGGCUGCCGCGGCCGGGCCGGAGGCCACCGCUGAUGCCGACGAUGACGACGACCUCGAUUUCGACUUCAGCAAGGCCAAGAAGAAGAAAAAGAAGGACAAGGUAGGUCGCUCUGCGCCUGGCAAAGACGAAGACGACGAGGCUGCUCCGCCGCCCCCACCCGUGGCUGAGGAGGAAGAUGAGGAUCCCUUGGUCGCUGGUGCGGCAGCUGCAAAGAAGUCGCAGAAAAAGAAGAAAAAGAAGGGCACGUUUGUCACGGACGAUGAGGACGUCGUCAAGGCCCUGGCUGAUGUUGAGGAUUCUCAGCCUGCGGAUGAGCCUGAGCCGGAGGAGGUGAAAACUCAGGAUUCUGUGCCUGCCCCUGACGCGGAUGAUGCCACUGGAAAGAAAUCAAAGAAGAAGAAAAAGAAGGGAGGGUUUAUGGUGGAUGGUGAGGAUGCAGACCAGAUCCUUGGGAAGAUGGAGGACCACCCACCUCCUGUUGAGGAGCCUGAGCCCAAGGACAUGAAGGAUGAGGCCCCUGUCGCUGCUGCUACCCCUGUCGAUGAUGCUGAAGGGAAGAAAUCAAAGAAGAAAAAGAAGAAGAGCGGAAGGACAGCACAGGAAGAAGAAGACUUGGACAAGCUUUUCGCUGAGCUUGGUGUGGCCCCGUCUGCGGAGGACAAGCCAGUGCAGGCACCGGAUUCUACCUCAGUGGCCAAGGAGGAUGUAGGAGCUGCUGGGGAUGGUAAUGUGGAUGACAAGGCUGGGGAAGGAGAGGUGGAAUCUGCUGCUGCCAAGAAGAAGAAGAAGAAGAAGGAAAAGGAGAAGGAGAAAAAGGCAGCAGCAAAGGGAGCGGAGGCUAAGAAAGAGGAGGAGAAAGAGCAAGAGGCGCCUAAAGGGAAGGUUGACAUGAAGAAGCUCCCUAAGCAUGUUCGGGAGAUGCAGGAGGCCCUGGCUAGGAGGAAGGAAGCUGAGGAGAGACAGAAGAGAGAGGAGGAAGAGCGUCUGAGGAAGGAGGAGGAAGAGCGGCUGCGGCGCGAGGAGGAGGAGAGGAAAGCAGAGGAAGCAAAGAGGAGGAAGAAGGAGAGGGAAAAGGAGAAGUUGCUCAAGAAGAAGCAGGAGGGUAAGCUCUUGACUGGCAAGCAGAAGGAGGAAGCGAAGAGGUUAGAAGCCAUGAGGAGACAGUUCCUUGAGCAGAGUGAACUCCAAAAAGCUGAGGGCACUGCUCCUGAGACAAAGAAGAGGCCAAUAUACGAUUCUAAGAAAAAGAAAGCUCAACCAAAGACCGCGGAGACUGCAAAGAUAGUUGAAGAACAACAGGAAGAGGUUAAUGAAGCUAACAAUGAUGAAGAAGAAUAUGUGCUCGUGGAUCAGGAAUCCCAAUCUCAGGUAGAGGAAUCUGAGGAGAGAACCGAACCUGAUCAGGAGGCUGAAGAGCCAAAACCAGAACAAGAAGAAGAAGAAGAGGAAGAUGAGGAGUGGGAUGCAAAGAGCUGGGAUGAUAUUGAUGUGAACUUGCCUAAGACAAGUGCUUUUGAGGAGGAAGAGGCGAAGCCUGUUCAGAAGCAGGAAAAUUCUAAAGCACAACCUGUGACAACUUCUGUCAAAAAGGUUAUUCCUCCUGUUGCAAACUCUAAAAAGAGUGAAGCUGAUGAUGGGGGUGCCAGUAAUGGAAAUAUUAAGCGGAACAAAAAGAAAGGACCUGUCAAAGAGGAUAGCUCUAAGAAUGGUAAUGACCUCAGAUCACCAAUUUGCUGCAUCCUUGGUCAUGUCGAUACUGGUAAGACAAAGCUGCUAGAUUGUAUUAGACGCACCAAUGUGCAAGAAGGCGAAGCUGGGGGUAUUACCCAACAGAUCGGGGCGACAUACUUCCCUACUGAAAACAUUAGGGAGAGGACCAGGGAGCUAAAAGCUGAUGCUACACUUAAGGUUCCAGGCCUUCUUGUUAUUGAUACCCCUGGGCAUGAGUCCUUCAGUAAUCUGCGUUCUAGAGGUUCAAGUCUGUGUGAUAUUGCCAUUUUGGUUGUCGACAUCAUGCAUGGGCUUGAACCUCAGACAAUUGAAUCCCUGAAUCUUUUGAAGAGUCGAGAUGCAGUGUUUAUUGUUGCUUUGAAUAAGGUUGAUCGUCUUUAUGGUUGGAAGAGAUGUCAAAAUGCUCCUAUUGUAAAGGCUUUAAAGCAACAAAAUGAAGAUGUUAAGAGGGAAUUCAAUAUGCGAGUUACAGAUAUUGUGACGCAAUUCAAGAUGCAAGGAGUUAAUACUGCUUUGUACUACAAGAACAAGGAGAUGGAAGAUACCUUUAACAUAGUGCCUACAAGUGCUGUAAGUGGUGAAGGCAUUCCUGAUUUGCUCCUACUGUUGGUUCAAUGGGCACAAAAGACGAUGGAAGAAAAGCUUACGUUUGUUGAUGAAGUCCAGUGUACUGUACUGGAAGUCAAGGUCGUGGAAGGUCAUGGUACUACAGUUGAUGUUGUUUUGGUCAAUGGUAUACUGCACGAAGGAGAUCAAAUAGUUGUUUGUGGCAUGCAGGGACCCAUUGUGACAACUGUCAGAGCUUUGUUAACACCACACCCUAUGAGGGAGCUUCGAGUUAAGGGCACCUACAUACAUCAUAAGGAGAUCAGAGCUGCACAAGGAGUUAAAAUCUCUGCUCAGGGUCUCGAACAUGCAAUUGCAGGGACAGCUCUCUACGUGUUAGGACCUGAUGAUGAUCUAGACAAACUGAAGGACGCUGUUAUGGAAGAGAUGACACGGGUUAGGAACCGGAUUGAUAAGAGUGGCGAGGGUGUCUAUGUACAGGCAUCUACCCUUGGGUCUUUGGAAGCUCUCACUGAGUUCUUGAAGAGCCCUGCCGUCAAUAUUCCCUUCUGUGAUUUCAGUAUAGGGCCAGUCCACAAGAAGGAUGUUAUGAAGGCUAGUGUUAUGCUUGAGAGAAAGAAAGAAUAUGCAACUAUCUUGGCCUUUGAUGUCAAAGUGAUGCCUGAUGCCCGCGAUCUUGCAGAAGAGUCUGGUGUGAAGAUCUUUGUGGCAGAUAUAAUAUACCACCUCUUUGACCAAUUUACAGCAUACAUUAAGAAUCUCAAGGAAGAAAAGAAGAAGGAAAGUGCUGAAGAAGCUGUGUUCCCUUGUGUUCUUAAGAUUAUGCCAAACUGUGUCUUCAACAAGAAGGAUCCAAUCGUUUUGGGUGUCGAUGUCCUUGAAGGAAUAGCUAAGGUGGGAACUCCUCUCUGCAUACCCACUAAAGAAUUUAUUGAUAUUGGGAAGAUUGCCUCAAUUGAAAUUAAUCACAAGCAAGUUGAUAUGGCCACAAAAGGGCAAAAGGUGGCUAUAAAGAUUAUUGCGAACAAUUCUGAUGAGCAGCAGAGGAGUUUCGGCAGGCACUUCGAUAUGGAAGAUGAGCUUGUCAGCCGGAUCUCAAGGCGAUCUAUUGAUAUUUUGAAACAAAAUUACAGGGAGGAUCUGUCUUUCGAAGACUGGAAACUUGUUGUAAAGUUGAAAACAAUAUUGAAGAUACAAUGAGCUCACAAGGGUUCCUGUUUACUGUUUAGUCGGCAACUGAGCCCCCUGAAGCGUGGAAUGCGCCCCAUUCUCCACUGGGUAGUCUGAAUAUCUGUCGUGUAAUGGGAGUUGCCAAAGACACUAGAGUUCACCAGGGAGGGUUUCCAAAUUUUGAUACGGUUUGAAUUUUGUAGUUUGCUUGGAAUGCGCCUCAUUUUACAGCUACAUUCUGCAAUAACAUCAGAUUUUGAGCCGUUUACUUGUUUGUGUUUUUCAUCGCUUGAACUGUACCUCACUGGUGGAUUGCGUAAUACAUGCCUGGAAGGUCGUUUUUUCUUUU